UGCUCAUGGAUGAUAUAUCUCUGUUUAAUUGUUCGCCUCUUCCGGCUCCGCCUUACCCUUGCAAAUUGAAGGACCUUUGUUGCUGACAGUUCUGCUAUUAAUCAAAUGCUUUUGAGACUCUAUUUUGCGACUGAAGUCCUGAGCUCCCAUCGAAAUUUCUGAAAGAAUGAUGCUCAACAGAAAAGUAUAACGAGGCUUCCCGCGACUCAAGAUACCCUCGGCCACGGAUCCACCGCUGAGGCCAGCCGACAGGCCCUUACCUAUGUCUAACGCAAGUGGUAGAAAUGGGCCCUAUACAAAUGGAAGUCUACCACAAAUCAAUCGAUCAUCUGCAGAAGAAGAUGCCUUGGCAGAUCAGACGAACAACCUCCAUUUGGGCCCAAGCCAUCAGACCACCUUCCCCGGCGCCAACCCUAACUCUUCAGCGCCACCGCCAAGGAACAUUUCCCUAAACAGGAGCACUUGGCUGACUGCUACGCCGGACCAGUCCAAAUGGAAGCAUGCCAUGGAAGAGGCUCGUCACUUCGCUGGAGGCUUGGUAACGCAUCCGCACGAGUCUACUAAGCAUUUUACUAUCCUGCGUCACUCCCAUGGUCUCGUUUUCUACAAAGGUCCAUCCACGUCCCUUGCCAUUACUAUUUUCUCUGAUCAACCGCUACCAGCCGAUCGGCGGCUGUGGUUGCAACUUAAAGGCUGGACUGGCAAAGCUGGAAUGAAGGUCAAAGGUCUUUUCCGGACCAAUGGUAAUUGGAUCAAUGUGACUCCUACGAAUCGAGCGACUCCUUCAGCGCUGCCGCCAACAGAUGAACGUGCCUGGCAACGUGACAUUAAAAGGUUCUUGGAAAAAGCGCCCAAGGAAGCCCGCACACACAAAAUCCGAGAGACAGAUGUCCUACGCAUUCCGGCCGAGGCCGAGGAUGGAUACUACCGUAUUGUCAUGACUUGUGGCAACGAUAGAUCAGUCCUCUGCCCUAGUCCGGUGUUUCGCUUGGCCUCGACGUCAACAUCCGCUAGCUCUGUCAAAGGUUCCUCCCUGGCAACGCUACCCGUUGAGGUUGGUAUCAAUGUGCUAUCGAGCAUGGCGAAAGGCGCUGCCGGAAAUGCCAUUUCCCCCAUCACAAGCCAAGCAGCCCAAUAUGCGCCGCCCUCAUGGGCCACACAAACUGCAUCAGUUGCUUAUGAUGCAAGUGCAAUGAGCAACAAAAUAGAUGCAGCGAAUGAACAAUAUGAUACGCGGCGUGAUGAUGCAGUGAAACAAGCCUUAUCCUGUCCAUACAAUGAAAUUACAAGGGCAUGCGUUGUGGGAGAGGAAAACGGUCCACAAUCUCCGUAUCCGCUAAAGUUAGAGAGUGGAAUAGUCCGGGGCACAGGGCGGGGCGCUGCAGAGCUCGGAUUUCCAACAGCAAAUCUGGGUAUUCGGCCUGAAAGCCUCUACAUUCGCCUCUCCGGCGUAUAUUUUGGCUGGGGCCUUAUAAAGUCCCGUGAUAAGAAAGACUUUCUCGAAGGAUGGAAACAAGCAAUCAUAUCUGUCGCUCAAUGCCCUUACAAUGGACCGGACGUCGUGCCCCGUCAGGUAAUCAAAGUCCAUUUGAUUGACGACUUUCAAGGUCACCAAUUUUUUGAUGCAAAGCUCUCUUUGAUUAUCAUGGGCUUUCUACGGCCUUUCAUCUCUUACGACAGGAUCGAAGCAUUCCUUCACGAAACUCACCGAGAUAUUGCAAUAACCCAUCGCAGCCUCGAAAGGCCGGCGUGGACUCCUGAAGCGACCAUCAAUCAAAUCAACCAUUCUCAAAGCAGUCGGUCGGCGACGGACCGAUAUGUUGAUUUUCGACAGAAUUCCCAGAAGCUCAUGGAUGCUGUACCACUCCAUAAGGCUGGAGUUAGGACAGGCGGCGCAAGCUAUAAGGACCAAAUGGUCGGUCGGGGCGGUCUAUACAUCUUACGCUAGUAUUAAUUUCGGCCUUUCUUGCAUAGGUUAGUUUUGUUUAUCGGGACUGUGGAAAGAGACUUUCAAGUAAUUGUCCAGUUGCAUUAUACCUAG